UAAAAGGGGAAGGAGAGGAUAAGCCCGAGGAGGAGGAGGAGGAGGAGGAGGAGGAGGAGGAAAACGAGACAAACAGCCAGAGCAGAGGGACGGUGUCCAGCCGCCUCUGACCGCGCCGAGCUGGACGCGGGGCGUCCCCUCCCUCGCCCACCCUCCAGCCCUCCACCGGCCUGUCGCGCCCCCGGCCAGGCAUGGGGCUGGGGACUCUGCUGGUCCUGCUGGCGGCCACUGCGCGGCUUGGCCAGGGCACCCCGGUCAUUGAGCCCGGCGGGCCGGAGCUCGUGGUGGAGCCCGGCGCGGCGGUGAGCCUGCGGUGCAGGGGCGCGGGCGGCGCGCGGUGGGAAGGCCCCGUCUCCGCGCCCUGGAGCCUGGACCCCGCCCCUGCCGGCGGCGUGCUGGUCACCCGCAACGCCACCUUCCUGCACACGGGGACGUACCGCUGCACCGAGACGGGGGGCCCGCGGGGGGGCUCGGCCUCCAUCCACCUCUACGUCAAAGACCCGGCCCGCCCCUGGAAGCUGCUGGCGGAGACGGUGACGGUGCUGGAGGGCCAGGACGCCACGCUGCCCUGCCUGCUCACCGACCCCGCCCUGAGCCCCCACGCCUCGCUGGUGCGCGCGCGCGGCCGCCCCGUCGGCCGCCACACCGUCUCCUCCUUCUCCCCCGCGCGCGGCUUCACCAUCCACCAGGCCAAGUACCUCGACAACGAGCUGUUCCAGUGCCGCGUCCUGGUGGACGGCCGGCCGGUGCUGAGCCUCGGCAUCCGGCUCCACGUGCGGAGAGUCCUCAAAGGCCCCCCUGCCUUGACCCUGGAGCCCCGGGAGCUGGUGAGGAUUCGAGGGGAGAGCGCCCACAUUGCGUGCAAGGCCACGGACCCUGGCGUGGACUUCUUUGUCUUCCUCAAGCAUGGAGACACCCAGCUCAACAUCUCUCAAGAAAGUGACUUCCGGGAGAGUAAAUACCAAAAAGUGCUGGCCCUGAACCUGAGUGCUGUCGACUUCCGAGACUCUGGCAACUACUCCUGCCUGGCCACCAACCGCAUGGGCGUCAGUUCCGCCUCCACCACCCUCCGGGUGGUAGAAAGCGCCUACGUGAACCUGAGCUCUGAGCAGACUCUCCUCCAGGAGGUGACGGUGGGAGACAGCCUCGAGCUCAGAGUCACGGCGGAGGCCUACCCUGGCCUGCAGGCUUACAGCUGGACCUAUCUGGGGCCCUUCUCUGACCACCGGCCCGCCCUUGAUUUUGUCACCACAAAGGACACGUACAGGUACUCGUCCCUCCUCUCGCUGCCCCGCCUGAAGCCCUCGGAGGCCGGCCACUACGCCUUCCGGGCCCAGAACGCGGGGGGCUGGAGCACCCUGACCUUCACCGUCACCCUGCGCUAUGCCCCCGAGGUCAGUGUGACCUGGGCCCGCGUCAAUGGCUCCGACGUGCUCUUCUGCAACGCCUCUGGGUACCCUCCGCCCAACGUGACGUGGCUGGUGUGUGCGGGCCACGAGGACAGCUGUGAGCGGGCUCAGACGCUGCUGCGCCGCUGGGAGGACCCGGAGCCCGCGGGGCUGAGCCGGGAGCCCUUCCGCAGGGCGCUGGUGCGGAGCCGGCUGGACGUCGGGCUCUUCCAGCAGAACAGGACCUACGAGUGCAGGGCCCGCAACCGCGUGGGCAACAGCUCGGACGCCGUCAGGGCCGUCACCACGGAACCCGUCACGAAGCCCCCCGAUGGGUCCCUCUUCACCCCCGUGGUGGCCUCCUGCCUGGCUCUCAUGACCUUCCUGCUGCUGCUGCUCCUGUACAAGUACAAGCAGAAGCCCAAGUACCAGGUGCGCUGGAAGAUCAUCGAGAGCUACGAGGGCAACAGCUACACCUUCAUCGACCCCACCCAGCUGCCCUACAACGACAAGUGGGAGUUCCCGCGCCACAACCUGCAGUUCGGCAAGACCCUGGGAGCCGGCGCCUUUGGGAAGGUGGUGGAGGCCACGGCCUUCGGCCUGGGCAAGGAGGACGCCGUCCUCAAGGUCGCCGUGAAGAUGCUGAAGUCCACGGCGCACGCUGACGAGAAGGAGGCGCUCAUGUCGGAGCUGAAGAUCAUGAGCCACCUGGGCCCGCACGAGAACAUCGUCAACCUCCUGGGGGCCUGCACGCACGGGGGCCCCGUCUUGGUCAUCACCGAGUACUGCUGCUAUGGCGACCUGCUGAACUUCCUGCGGAGGAAGGCGGAAGCCAUGCUGGGACCCAGCCUGAGCCCCAGCCAGGACCCCGAGGGGGAGACCAGCUACAAGAACGUCCACCUGGAGAAGAAAUACAUCCGCAGGGACAGCGGCUUCUCCAGCCAGGGCAUGGACACCUACGUGGAGAUGAGGCCGGUCUCCACUUCCUCAAGCGACUCCUUCCCCGAGCAAGGUCUGGACAAGGAGGAAGGGCGGCUGCUGGAGCUCUGGGAUCUGCUCCACUUCUCCAGCCAGGUGGCUCAGGGAAUGGCUUUCCUGGCUUCCAAGAACUGCAUCCACCGGGACGUGGCCGCGCGCAACGUGCUGCUCACCAGCGGGCACGUGGCCAAGAUCGGAGACUUCGGGUUGGCGAGGGACAUCAUGAACGACUCCAACUACAUCGUCAAGGGCAACGCCCGCCUGCCGGUCAAGUGGAUGGCCCCGGAGAGCAUCUUCGACUGCGUGUACACCGUGCAGAGCGACGUGUGGUCCUACGGCAUCCUGCUCUGGGAGAUCUUCUCGCUGGGACUCAACCCCUACCCUGGCAUCCUAGUGAACAGCAAGUUCUACAAACUGGUCAAGGAUGGCUAUCAAAUGGCCCAGCCCGCGUUUGCCCCCAAGAACAUCUACAGCAUCAUGCAGGCCUGCUGGGCCCUGGAGCCCACCCAGAGGCCCACCUUCCAGCAGAUCUGCUUCCUCCUGCACAAGCAGGCGCCGGCGCCCAGGGGCGAGCAGGACUAUGCCAACCUGCCCGGCGGCCGCAGCGAUGGCCGCGACGACGGCGCGGAGCCUGAGGAGCGCGCCGGCGAGCACCCGGCCUGCUGCGAGCCGGGCGCCACCCAGCCGCUGCUGCAGCCCAACAACUACCAGUUCUGCUGAGCCGCGAGGGCAGGGGCGCGGCCGCUCCCCCGCUCUGGCAGCCGCACGGCGCCCUCCCUGCCCUGGCUCCUCACUCAGCUUGGCCCGGGCGGAAACUCCGGAAUCUGAGGGGUCCAAAGAGGAGACCCCCCGAUUCCCAGGGCCUAGGCCAUCACUGCCAAUCAGGGGUCGAGCCCCUCCUACCUGUUCUCUUGCUAGACCAACUGGUAGACCCCGGGUCACCAGUGGCCUGGUCCCCACUUCCGGUAACCCCCUUCCCUCGUGCCCUCACGUCUCCAUGGAAACGAACUGACUGUCCCCACAAACUGCCCUCAAACUGAGAAGACCAGGCUGCCCGGGGGACUGCCCACCCUGACCGGGCAGAGCAGCGGCUGGCAGACGCCUGCAGCCCA